AUGGCUGAAAAUACCGAAGUUAAUAAACAGGAAAAGCCAUCGGCUCCUCCAGCAUCGCUUGUUCCAGUUCAACCAACUGCAAUUAGCUCGAGGGAUAAAACCACGAAGAGAUUAGUCGUGGUAUUGUCACAAGCAUGUUUGGAAACACAUAAGAUGAGCAGUAAAGGACAAAGUGGAGAUAAAUUUGCUUUAUUGAACUGUGACGAUCACCAAGGUUUGUUAAGAAAGAUGGGCAGAGAUAUCGCAGAAGCUAGACCUGAUAUCACGCAUCAAUGUUUAUUGACAUUAUUAGAUUCUCCUAUAAAUAAAGCUGGUAAAUUGCAGGUAUAUAUUCAAACUGCCAGAGGUGUUUUAAUAGAGGUAAAUCCUACAGUCAGAAUCCCAAGAACUUUCAAGAGAUUCUCAGGAUUGAUGGUGCAGUUGUUACAUAAAUUGAGUAUUCGUUCUGUUAACUCUGAAGAAAAAUUAUUAAAAGUUAUCAAAAAUCCAAUUACUGACCAUUUGCCAACCAAGUGUCGUAAAAUCACCUUAUCGUUUGACGCAGAAAUCAGAAGAGUCCAAGAUUAUGUAACUACUUUGGACGAGGAUGAAAGCAUCUGUGUUUUUGUUGGUGCUAUGGCAAGAGGUAAAGAUAAUUUUGCUGAUGAGUUUGUCGAUGAGAAAAUAGGUCUUUCAGAUUAUCCAUUAUCUGCUUCGGUUGCAUGUUCUAAAUUCUGUCAUGGUUGUGAAGAUGUUUGGGGUAUUUUCUAA